AGAACACAACACCUCAGCUUUCAAGUUUCAAGUCUCGGUCAACAAUUGUGGUUCAAAUUAUACAGUACCCUCCACCAACAAGAUUCCAAUUUUGAUUCCAAAUCCGCAAUUUCAACAACACCCAGAAAUUGUUUACGCCCCAAUCUCUUCAAAUUCACACCUGGGUACCUCAGGAUUUUGGGUUUGUUCCCUUGCAGCCAUGAAUUUCAGGAGCCUGGAAGAUUUCUGGGCCUUUUACAUGAACCAGCACUCCAAGGCUUCCACAAGGCGCUGGCACUUCGUAGGAACUCUCUUUAGCAUUCUCUUCUUCUUUUGUUCUGUCUUCUUCAGUUGGUGGUUCUUGUUCCUUGUCCCUUUCUCUGGCUAUGGAUGUGCCUUCUACAGUCACUUGUUCGUUGAGAGGAAUUUCCCAGAGACUUUGAGACACCCCUUUUGGUCCCUCUUGUGUGACUUCAAGAUGUUCGGGUUCAUGCUCACUGGCAACAUGGAUAGGGAGAUCAAAAGGCUGGGGAAGAGACCUGUGCUGCAAGUGUUUUGAUUUUGGUGUAAGCUUAUGACUUUGAUUUGAUUUUUUGAAUAAAAUUUGAAAGUUGAUUUUCGAUUUAUUUUUUAGAAUAAAGUUUUAAUUAUUUUAGUAAGUUACUUGGGUAUGUGUGCAUGAUUCUGCUAUAUGUUAUUGCUGAAUGAUCCCAGUAUGCGUAUGAUGCUCCAAUUUGAUGGAGUGUGGUGUGAGUGAUUUUGGGGAGGCAUCAUAGAUGAAUAGGCAUGUGAAGCUAAAGAGGAUUGGAUGAAUGUGGUUUAACUUGUGUGCUGCUAUACAUAGAUGUAAUGCCUACAACCUCUGUAGGGAUAAAACAAUGAAAAUUAUCGAGGAGAACAAUGUGCAGAAUAAUUUUACUCAUGUUUUAAA